AUGAUGCCACUUCUCGUGGCUCAUUGCAACGGAGUGCCGGUGGUGCAACAGGCUUGUGUAUACCAACGCACGUCGACGGUCUCGGAGUCGACUGCCGCAGGCGAUACGGUAUCCCGAGCACCAGCAAUGGCAGCUCGAUGUCGACGGCGACGAGCAAUUUUUGCUCCUGCUGCUGCUCUGAGAAGACAACGUCGUGCGCAGGGCAACGCUACUCGAGGUCCAGGUGGUGGACGCCGCUUGGGCAACGCCGCAAAUCGCGAGGAAGUGGCUGAUGAAAGCAGCCAGCGCUAUGCGGUUAAAGGUGGUAAAAAUUUACAUAGUUUAUCAGCCGAAGAGGACGAUGGACUGCCGCCGUUUCGUGUAUGGGAUUUGCUCGACAUGGAAUGGGGAAGGAGCGGUAGACACUUCGGGAUUCAUCGAAUGAAGGGGAUGAAGUAUCCCAAUCUGGGCAUGGAGUCGAGACUGGAUGGCGGAUGGACACUCUGUUGA